AUGCAAAAUAAUAUUCUUUUUUCAAAUGGAUAGGAUGAGGCAAUUCUCUCUGAAAGAAACGAGUAGGAAUAAUUUCAAAGUGACAUCUCAAACGAUGAAGAUGAUUCAAAUGAUUAAAUUGACAAUGAAGAAGAAUAAGAAAUGAACCCAAAAGAGUCUUAAACACCAACUUUUCCAGAAUAAUAAAUUAUAAAAGAUGAGACUAAGAAAAAGGAUGUAAUCAAUAAGACUAUAUAUUAGAUAAAAGAAACUUGUUUGGAAAAAAUUAAAGCUUACAUUGGAUUUGGCCAUGGAGAUUUAUUUAUAAAUGAAAAAAUUGGAUCAAUAUUUUUCUUGCCAAUAUCUUGCAAUUGGACACUGAAAAUAUAGGUUACCAUAGCUCAAAUCAUCAUUGCUAUCACUUCUUUAUCCUUAUUUAUCGGAGUUUAAUUCAUAGGAUAGAAUAUACUGUUUGAUACUGUAUAAUCAUGGACUAAGAACAAUGUCUCAGAACUACUACAGAAACAAAUUUGUGAGAUUACAAUAGACUUCGUUUAACUAUUGAUAAAUACUAGGGAAAAUGAAAUACAAUUAAUUAAUGUUACUUAAAAUCUAAUUUAAUUGGAAUCGUUAAGAUAUAAUGGAGUCCUUUACAAAAUGGAUGAUAAACUUCCAAAUUCAACGAAAUAGUAUAUUCCUGAUACAAGUAUUGUAGAUCAAUAUACUUUCAAUUUUGCUACUUAUUCUCUACUAUUUGAUGAUUCAAUUCCUGAAAAAAGAAUCAGAAAUUAUCUAUCAAUUAAUAACAUAAUGUAUUUUAAUUAUUAAUCUAUGGGGUCUUUCUUUUAUUGGAUUUUUGAUGAUGGUUUCAUGAUGUAAUAUCCAGGAAUUAAUGUUACUGACCUAGAAUUAUUUAACAAAUACCGAUUGAAAAUGUAUAGAGAUAGAAGGUAUGCCUUCCAAAUUCCUCUAGAACAUACUUAUGAUCCAUUUUUGUAAGUAAUAUUGUAAAGAGAAGUUUUACCAAUUACAGAUGCUAAUAAUACAAAAAUUGGUUUAAUCUUUUGUGAAAGGUAGCCAUUUAUAUUAUAUAUGCUAUUUUAUUCAAUAGCAACAAACAGUCAAUAUAAUUACACUUUGUUUUUGUUAACAGGCGAUAACCAUAUAAUUGAUUAUUAAGAGCAAGAAUAUAAGAUAGAUAUUGAGGAACUCUAACAACUCAUUAUGACUAUGAAUUCAGAUGAUGAUUCUAAAUUGAGGAAAAUUAAUGUUUCAAAAUAUCUCACAGGCUAAGCUAAGGUUGAAUCGUACAUAGCUAUUUAUUAAGGAGAACUCUCUGGUUAGCAAUUUCUAUUUGCGUUUAUCAAUUAUUCAGGACUUAUUCUAGGAAUUUAUUAACCAACUUACUUACCUAAUGAAGAAAUUGAACUUCAGAAAGAUAUCUAUGAAAGGAAGGUUGAUAACUUCAAUAAAAAGUUAAUUCCUAUUGCGUUGUCUAUUCCUAUCCUCUACAUUAUUAUAUGUGUUUUCUACAUGGUUAGGUAUAUCAAGCCACUUCAGAGAAUUACAGAAUAUGCAGAUCAAUUAUUAAAGAAGUCUCAAAACUUCGAUGAAAAAUAAUUUGAAAAACAAUUUAAUGACUCUACUGGAGAUGAUCUGAUCUAAUAAUUAACAUCAUUAUUUGCAAAACUUAUGGGAAACCUGAACAAAUCCAAAUAACUGAAGAAGUAAGAAAUUAUUGAAUUCUAUAAUAAACAAACAUACCCAAAAAAUUAAAAGCCAAGAGACGUUACCCCUAUUAUCAACGAAGUUAAAAAAAUUAAAUUAGAUUCAAUUGUAAGAGAUCCUGGAGUAUUGCAAUUUCCAAAUUUAGAUGAUUGA